AAAGGUGCCGAAACGGUCACUCCGCUGACCACAAGCGACGGCGACGCGCGAAGAGAAUAUCAAUAAAUAGUUUUAAUUUAGCUUAAUUAGCCGCAAAUAAGUGUUGCUGGUCCACAGCAGCCGUUAAGUUCAAAGUAACCAAAGUCAAUUAAUCGAGCUUCUCAGCAACUAGUGAAAAAAUGUCGAGCAGUGGAUCCAACGCAACACCGCUGCCACAGCCACAGCACCAGCAAUUCGCACUGCUGCCGAAGAUCAUUAACGGUGGCAUCGCGGGCAUCAUCGGAGUGACAUGUGUCUUCCCACUGGAUUUGGUCAAGACGAGGCUGCAGAACCAGCAGAUCGGACCCAAUGGCGAACGCAUGUACAACAGCAUGUUCGAUUGCUUCCGCAAGACGUACAAGGCCGAAGGAUACUUUGGCAUGUACCGCGGCUCUGGCGUGAACAUCCUGCUGAUCACACCUGAGAAGGCCAUCAAGUUGACUGCCAACGACUACUUCCGCCACAAGCUGACCACCAAGGAUGGCAAACUUCCGCUGACCAGUCAGAUGGUUGCCGGCGGUCUCGCCGGUGCAUUCCAGAUUAUCGUCACCACGCCCAUGGAGCUUCUCAAGAUCCAAAUGCAGGAUGCGGGACGCGUGGCGGCGGCGGCCAAAUUGGCUGGCAAGACGGUGGAGAAGGUGUCGGCCACCCAGUUGGCUUCGCAGCUUAUCAAGGAGAAGGGCAUCUUUGGCCUGUACAAGGGUAUUGGAGCCACAGGACUGCGAGAUGUCACCUUCUCCAUCAUUUACUUCCCACUCUUCGCCACUCUUAAUGACCUGGGUCCACGGAGAAACGAUGGAUCUGGUGAGGCUGUGUUCUGGUGUUCCUUCCUGGCGGGCUUGGCGGCCGGUUCCACCGCUGCCCUCGCAGUUAAUCCGUUCGACGUGGUCAAGACGCGCCUGCAGGCGAUUAAGAAGGCCGACGGCGAGAAGGAGUUCAAGGGCAUAUCCGAUUGUAUCACUAAGACCCUGAAGCACGAGGGACCCACCGCCUUCUUCAAGGGCGGCCUGUGCCGAAUGAUUGUGAUUGCUCCUCUGUUCGGAAUCGCUCAAACGGUCUACUAUCUGGGCGUGGCUGAGGGCCUGCUGGGCUAUCAGAAAAAGUAGGGGGGUUUCGUAUGGGUACGCGCCAAGGCGGAUUGACAAGACCGAAAGCAUUUUAAAUGUACUCUCUUUGAAUAUUGAAUGUGUAUGUAUAUCGUGUUUAAAUGUUGUUAAAGCUGUCCAUGAAUGUAAUCGUGAAGUCUUUAUAGUAAGCAAAAGUAAUCAAGCGCUGUGCUUGCCAGUCAAGUUGUUAAAGUUUUCCCCAGUCUUAUAAAACCACUCGAACGAUGUACUAUGUAUUUACACCAUGCAUAGCAGAAGAUAACUGAUGCUCCAAUGACAAUAAGAUAAAGCAAAAUAAUCGCUAAAAUGAUGUACAUUUUUGGUUAAUAUCAUAGUCUAUAACUGUUGUGUUUGAAUACUCUCUAUUAAGUCUUUGUUUACCGAGCAAUCCGCAGCUAGCCAUGAACAUUUUGCAUCAAGUUGUAUUAGUAAUGCAUUUUCCUUUGCUGUCAGGCUAAAUUUACUUCUAGUAGCAUUCGAUAACAUGACUAGAGCAAUUGUAUGCUUUAUAAAAACCGUCAGAAUUAAACUAACGAAUAUACAAUAAUGAAAAA